CGCACACACACAGAGGGACGGACACGCACUUGGAGGCUCAUUAUAACGCAACCAGCCAGUCCGUUGUCAGACUCGGUUGUGGUAAGACGUACACCACCGCUGUUCCUCUCUCAACCCUCCUAUAAGACUCGAGUUUCAACAUGGCGACCAGCAAGACUUUGAGCCUCGUUAAGCGGGAGUCCUUCUUCGAUGACUCCUUUUUCACCGACGCCUGGGAGGACUUCGACACUGCAGUCCAGUCUAUCCUUGACAAGUUCGACAACACAGGACUCAAGGUGGACGUUGGGUCAAGGACACAAUGCCGCGACUUGUACAGCAAAAUUCGCUCCAGCAAGAUUGACGAGGAUCUGUAUGCUUCCCAGGCUCUUCAGAUCACAGAGAAGGACGGCAAGUUCCAGGCUGUGAUGGAUGUAAAGGACUUCAGCCCCAAUGACCUGCAGGUGCGAGUAGUGGAUGACCGCGUCGUGGUGGAGGGCAAAUACUUCAAGAAAUCUGAAGACGGGUCCUCCACGUCAUCAAAGUCUUUCUACAAGGAGUUCACUAUGCCCCAGACUGCGAACAUCGACGAGGUGGCCACAGCGCUCUCCAAGGAUGGCGUCCUCACCGUCAAGGCCCCCAAGAGGGAGGGUGAUGCUUCCAAGCCUGCUGGUGCCCUCUCCUCCUCAGUGCAGCAGCAAUCUUCCUCAGCAGUCCAGGAGUCGUCCUCCUCUGUCAGCUCUAGCUCAGUCAAGAAGGUCUCCAUGUCCUCUUCUUCCACCUUCUCGUCCUCCUCAAAGUCCAGCUUCUCCGCCAACAACAAGAGUUCUCUCGAUGACAUGUCCAAGGAUAUGAAAGAUCGUCUCGUCUUCUCCCACGAUAAUGUCAACCUCAAGCUCCCAGGAGGACAGUAAACAAUGACGACCCCAGAGAUUAGUGACCAUGAUGAUGAUGAUGAUGAUUAUGGUGUCCCGGAGAGAAAGGAUAAAGUCCUAAAGAGAAAAAUUAACUAUAUUUCUGAGAGAAAGAGAAACAAAAGACUGAGGAAAACUGGAAUAUGUAAAGACAAAGAGAGAGAAAGAGAGAGAGUAAGAAUCACAAGCUAAAGAUUCCCUUUUUUUAUUAUUUAAGAAUGAAAAUAUCAGUAUAUAGGAUAAACAAAAGGACUCACUGAACUAAAAAAAAGGAGAUAUCAAAACUAAUAUAUCAUUUAUGAUAACGUAAAAGGAUAUUUGUUUGCUCAAAAUGUUAUAACAGCUCACAUUGAAGACAUAUCGCAUAAUUAUAUUAAAAACUCUGUAAAGGAAGCAGUAUGGCCCACUUUAACAUAACAAAGGAACAAUAUUACAAUAGAGUUUUAGUUUGACUCCCUCCAAUAAUCGUAAAGACAACUGAAUGACAGAUGGUGUCACAAUAUACCCGACUUAUUAGGUUGAUAAUAAAUCAUCAAUUCAUGUUGAGAAAUUUACUGUUUUUUUUUACUUGAUAAGAUAAGGUGUAGCCUCUCCUGAGCGUUACUUUACAAUCAUCAGAACAGCUACUUAAGUACAGUAAUUCCUGCUUCAUAAUUGUGGUGAUGUGAUACGAGGUAACUGAUGGUUUAGGAAAGUAAUCUUCAUGCACAAUGUCCGUGAGUAACUUUUUAAAUGAGAUUUUUAUAUAUGUCGGUAGAUAAACCCUAGACACACGCACUCGUUUACUUAAGCUUUUAUGUAAUUUAUGAGGAUCAUUCUAACCUCGUGAAUCACCAGCAGGUGGGUCAACCAUCGUCUCAAUUCAUCUCUCGGCACUGCUCUUUGUUGCCUACGUUGCAUAUUGCUUAUUGUAAUUACCAGGUGUAACUACUGUGUCAUUUAAUUACCAGGUGUAAUUACUGUAAUUAGAACUGUCCCCUUAGAGUUAUGUUCCUACAGAACUCUCGUCGUUUAGGUUUUUCAGAGUCAUCAAGAUUACGAGUGGUUAAGUAAACAACUACAUUAUUGUUAACGUGACUGACCUACAAGGGAUGAAGAGUGAUAGUUACCUCAUAUGAACUAGCAUUACAACUCUCGUCUGUGGCAUGGUAACUGGAGUGUGUUCUUGCCCACACUCUGUAGUCUUGAGUGAACUCUGAGGACGACGACUCGCAUGUGCCUUUCCAUUGUUAUUGUCAAAGUAUAGUUGGGUAGUUUUGUACCUCUUGUGCAUCACCUUCAUUUCUCUGGAUUGUCCUGUGAUAUAUCAUUCAAAUAAAGGUUUUAAUGGAUUCAU